AUGACUCCUACUGACAUUUGCGAUUCAUUGUGGUCAUUGCAACGUAAAGAGGACGAACCGCCUCAACGCGACCAUCACGAAGCGGAACAGCCGAUCCAGGGGAUAGCUGAUGACAUCAUGGUGAUGAGUGUUCUCUGCUGUCGAGUUCUUUGUGUGUUCUCUGUGUUGGAAGAGGUGAAGAAACCUCUACCGUCUUCGUCGACUCAACAAAUCUUCUAUCAAGCAGACUCCACUACACAGUGUCCACGACAGUUUGCCAACUCAACCCCGCGCUUCUCGGAAGCGUCAUUCGAAUUCCGAAAGCACAUAACGUCGACACUGGAGACCGCGCCACUGGUCACUUCUCGAGCCUGUCCCCAGCCGUCUGACACCCCUACUAAGGUCGAUGACAUGAUCAUCAACGAUCGACAACACGUCCUCUCCUCAUCCACAAUGAUUUCGUAUAUACGUCACAUAGCCGGAAUCACAUGUGAACAGAUAAUGCUGGUAAACUCUUCAUGCAUAGAUGAUAUCCGCAAUGGUUUACCGGAAUACUUCUCUACAGCAUCAGAGGAGGAAUUAUUGGAGUUUACGGAAGGCCAAAAAAUUAAUCACGAGUCGUUGUUUACUCAACUGACCAAACUCGAAGAUUUGAACAAAGAAUCGAUAAAUCUCAUGAAUGGAAACCAGUGGAUAAUCUAG